GUGACUCUGGGUUUCCCGGCUGAAGCUCCGGAGUGCAAGUUCACGAGGCGGGUGAUUCUACUAUCGGCUCCUCCCUACAGCCUCCGUUUGCACGUGGGAACGCACAGUUAACCCAGUGUAUCUUCACUGCGAUGCCAUUGCCCUUUGCAGCCGGUUUGUUGUAGAAAGCAGUCCUGGGCAUCAUCGUAAGGGAACACAUUCCAGAUUUCUUUGGAUUUCAUUGACUUUUCUGUGAAUCACAAGACAACCUAGAGGACUUGGAGCUACAUAUCGAAGACAAUGUCUGGAAGCUUCUACUUUGUAAUUGUUGGCCACCAUGAUAAUCCAGUUUUUGAAAUGGAAUUUUUGCCACCUGGGAAAGCAGAAUCCAAAGAUGAUCACCGUCAUCUGAACCAGUUUAUAGCUCAUGCUGCUCUCGACCUUGUGGAUGAAAAUAUGUGGCUUUCUAACAACAUGUACUUAAAAACUGUGGACAAAUUUAAUGAGUGGUUUGUAUCAGCAUUUGUCACUGCAGGGCAUAUGAGAUUUAUUAUGCUUCAUGAUGUGAGGCAAGAAGAUGGAAUAAAGAACUUCUUUACUGAUGUCUAUGAUUUGUAUAUAAAGUUUGCAAUGAAUCCAUUUUAUGAACCCAAUUCUCCUAUUCGAUCAAGUGCAUUUGACAGAAAAGUUCAGUUUCUUGGGAAGAAACACCUUUUAAGCUAAAUGGAGAAAAACUGAAAUAAACUGUAUCAUCGUGGGGGUAUACUCAGGAAUGUGUGUUCUGUAAGUAAUUUGAAACAGCUUGAAAAAUGUUCCCUUAAAAUUGUACAUUGUUUUCAUGUUGAUUAUCAGUAUUAAUAUUUGCUUGUGAAUCGUGAUAUUUACAAACAGCUCUUUACCAGUAAUUUUGAACAUUUUUAUUUAAAAGGUUGAGAAAAAUUUUGUCUUUCCUAAGAUUUGAUCUUAAUUUAUUAAUUCAAAAGCAUCUAUCAAUAGUUAAUGUUAGGUUAAGACUGAAAAGUUCUGAAGACAUAAGUGAAAUUGAGUUAUUUAUACAUUUAGAGAUGUUCUUUUAAAAUGCAUAAUACACUGCAGUACUAAGAAGCUGAAGCAGAAAGCCCAUGCCAGUGUUACAUGCUUGCCUACCUCUGCCAGAGGCUGAGAAUCAUCAUCCUGCUGUAACUCUAAACCCAUAGACCUAUGUAUGCUGGACCAGUUCCAGGCCAUGGCAAAAUGUGUUGCCUCUGUCACCUUAUAUUCUAGUGUUUCCUUCCUCUUUGUAAACUAAAGGUUUAUUUUAUUUAAACUUGUUAGUAUCUGUACUUGAAAAAUGUUAUAAUACGGAUUUGCUAUUACCAAUAAAAGCCUGGGUUACACUGACAUUUGCACUUAACCUUUUAGGCUAUAUGUAGGGUGGGAGGUGGCAGAUGUGGCCUCUUGUAUUAGAAAUGUUGCUUUGAUUUUACAGUAGUACAUAUGCAUGGAAAAGCAAACCAGAUUUUCGUGUACAUAGUGGAAAAAAAAUUUUUUUCCAUUCUAACUUUUGAGUAAGCACUUCUAAACUUUCUUGUUUUCUUUGGUGAAGUUGUUACCAUCACUUUUUUUUUUCUUAAAUAAAAUUUAUAUCCAA